AUGGCCCAGGCUGGCUUGCAACCACCCGAUGAGGUUGGCAGACUGAUCGACCUUGUCCCUGUCGCUUUGAAGGAGGCCGCCGUGGACUCUCCGUCCGCCCGCGCCAUCGUGCUGCACUACGGGGAGCAGGUCGACCUGCUGGAGAAGUGGCUGGAAGAGUAUGUCAAGGCCACGAGUCGGCUAGUCACAGAGUCCUUGACCUUGGAGAACGUCCUCAACAAUUUUGUCUCUCACUCGAUCCUCCCUACGGCCCUCUCCGAGUCUAUGCUGGACCAUGACUACAGCAUCCUGGCCAUGAAGAAGUGCGCCGAUGGGGCCAAGGAUUAUUGGAUGAGCAUGAUCGCCAUGGUCAAGAGACUCAACUUUAUGGUGAUUGACCCGAUCAGGAAUUUUUUGCAAUACGAUGUGAGGGCUUUCAAAGAUUCGCGACGGGCUGUCGAUGCGACGCAAAAAACCUUUGAACAUUUACAGUCAAAAUAUGCCGGGCUCGGCAAAUCCAAAGAAGCGUCCUCCCUCCGAGAGGAGGCCUUCCAAUUACACGAGGCGCGGAAGCUCUAUCUGAGGGCGAUCAUGGAUUUCAUGAGCAUGGCCCCACAGUUCCGCUUUGCCGUCGACAAGUUACUGGUCAAGCUCUUCUUCGAGCAGUGGCGCGAGAUGCGUGUUUCGCGAGACAAUACCUCUGCCUCCUUUCAGAGAGGUUCGGAAGAGAUGGAGAGGGUCAAGGGCUGGCUGAGUGAGAUGGAACUCAGCGAGAGGGUAUUUCGCAAGGAAUUGAUGACCGCCAAAAAGCAAUUGGAGGAUGCCGCCGAACUCCAGAUGAGGCCAUCGCGGGAUUUGGAGGACUACAGCCUGUCAACCGUGCCGCAACUGGGUGGCCAUUCCCAAACUACCAGCAUCUCCACGCUGCCGCGAUCUCCUAAGAAGACGUUCGCUCAGAAUGGCGAAAAGCAGGGAUGGCUGUUUCUCCGGACGUACGGUGGAAAGCCGACCAGAACCGUUUGGGUCAAGCGGUGGGCGUUCAUUCGCAACGGCGUUUUUGGAUGGUUGCUCCAUGGAGCACGGGCCGGCGGUGUCGAGGAGACCGAGCGGAUUGGUGUGCUGCUCUGCAAUGUCCGUCCUGCCCCGGCAGAAGAGCGGCGAUUCUGUUUCGAAUUGAAGACCAACAAACACACCAUCCUUCUUCAAGCUGAAACACAAUCCGAGCUGGUCGAUUGGAUUGGCGCAUUCCAGACUGCCAAGUCAAAAGCUCUAGACGACCCGGAGUCGUCCAAAUCCCUCCUCGGGGGUGCCAACAUCCAAGGCGGGGCCGCGUUCACCAUCUCGCCCCCUCCCAUACCCGAGUUCGGGAGCUUCAUUCUCGGUUCUACGGAGCCUGGUGCGGUCGGGGACGACAUCGCCGCCUUGGAGAAGACACACACCCUACCCAUCCCUGGGAACGAGCAUCUCCGGGAAUCGAGCGUUGACCUCUCACGAAGAGCCACCGGGUUCGAGGACGGGAGCCAGGGCGGCCACCGUGAGACGGCAUCACGAAUGCUAUCCAAGCUGGACCUGCACAGACGGGGAACCGGCUCUGCGCAGAUCUCCCCGACCCCAUCAACUCCCAAUCUCCCCGCGGGAGGUAUUGCCAGCUUGAUCGCCGCUAGUCAUGCGACCAUGCCGGUGGGGCCCAGUGUACCCAUGGUCCAGAAUCCUGACCUCGAGGCGCUCAAGCCGAGACACACAUUCGCCCUGGCUCUCCGUGACAUGCCGGCCAGCAGCCUCUCUCCCUCCACAUUGGCUUUGGCCCCGAUCCAGACGAACCUCAGCAAGUCGGCCGUGCUGGUGACCGGUGAACGUGGCCUCAGUCCGGCACCCGGGAAGACGGGCAUACCAACGAGCCUGCUUGCCAACAUUUGGGGAACUUCAAACACCGCCCCCAUCAACAAGCUCGAGCGUGGAGAUCCCAAGAUCGCACCCCCCGAAUUCAAGCCCAGUGCUCAGCCGAGCCCGUCUCUGAAGCCCUCCUCGUCUCCCCCGAAAACGUCCCCAUCACCCCCGCGAGGGACGUUCGCGCAUCAGAAUACGAUAUCGCAGCUUGAUCUCACCAUUCCGUCGUCCACGACUCGCAGCCGCACCCCUUCCCCGAGCAAGAGACACCGGAAGACCAUCAGCGUCGACCGUGAAGGACUCAAGGAAAUCCGGGCGGAAUUGCUCGUCCCAGAAUUUCCCAAUUACUACCCCCUACAAUUGAAAUCCCAAGACGCUCAAUUCCGUCUCCUUUUCCCCAACGUCCGCUCUGAUGAGCGGCUCGUGUUGGUGUUUAGAGCCACCUGGAAUCCCAACGAGCAACAAGAUUUCCCGGGACGCAUCUAUGUCACCUCGAAAGAAGUCUACUUCUACAGUAAUCAUCUCGGGCUGGUGCUGACCUCCAUCGUCACUCUCGCCUCCAUCGAAGAAGCCACGGCCGCCCCAGGCAAAGACUGCGACUUUAUCUUCCUCCAUCUACGAGAUGGCGGUGGCGAUGGCAGGCCACGAAGGAUCACGAUCAAGACCUUUCUGGAGCCUCUGAGGCUCUUGCAGAGACGCCUGAACUUUUUGAUCAAGAACAGUACCACCAGUGAGCCCCUCUCAUUGGAAGAGCUCAUCAAAGCUCUCCUGCGGAUGGAGACUGAAGCUCUUGAUCGGAGUCCGAGUCUAGAGAGCUGGGAGGACGUCUCACCCAAUACGCCGAUCGAUACCGGGGGUCCUCGAUAUCGCGGCAGAGCAUCAACCAUUGGCACGGAGGUCAAGGGGUUGAUCCGAGUGGACAAAGCCUUACAGCAAGGGCCCCUGGGCCGACGAGAAUCCAAGUUCAAGCUACCUGCACAACCGGUCAAAUAUGUGCCGGCCGGCAAUCUUGCCCUUACGGUCGAAAAAGAGUUUGACAUCAGCGCCAAAGCCCUGUUUCAUGUCAUCUUUGGCGACAAGAGUGCCCUGUGGCAACUCCUCCAGCAUGAGCGCCAAGCUAGAAACUUGACGCAGGGCCCCUGGCUCAAUCUCGGCGAAGGUCGUCUGCGGAGAGAGUUUGCGUUUGACAUUCCCACCAAAAGUUUGUUAGGAGGAGAGAGCCUGAUACAAGUUCGCGACUACCAAGUCGUGGACGUGAAUAAUGAUCACCUGUGCUAUGUUGUGACCGACAAGAGGACUCCAUGGCAUCUUCCUUACAAGAACAGCCAGCGCUUGGUCAGCAAGAUUGUCAUCACUCACGCGGCCAAGGGCAAAUGUAAGCUUGCCAUCUUCAACAAGGUCGAAUGGCUACGAGCCGCCAGGAUACUCGGUGGUGUGAUAGAGAGGCAAGCCAUGUACGAUCUCGAGUUGGACUCUCAAGACCUGGGAGACCUUGUCACGGAUCAAGUCAGAAAGCUCGGUGCCCACAGUCGGACGAGAAAAGCCAUUCAGAUUUUUGGUCAAGUUGGGCAUUCCACGGAAUCUACUCAGCUGUUAAUUGACGCCUCUGCUGUUAACAUCGAGUUGAGGCGCCAGCCCAUAUCGAGGACGAUGACCGGGCUCGUGGUCCAGACAGCCCUUUCCGCCGGGGAAAGUGCACUCGGGACGGUCUUGCAGUCGCUGUUGGACAUCCUCGCGUGGCUCAGCAAGGUGGUCUCGGCCAACACCUUCAUCUUGCUCGUCCUGGCGUUGAGCAUUCUGUUCAAUAGUUGGCACACCUACCGAGAUACCCUGGAUUGGUGGCAUGAGAGGAGGGCUGGAAAAUUCAUGGCCCGGCUCGGCGUUUCACCGGACGUGGUCAUGAGUCGAGCGGUCUAUUACGACGAUUUGCACGAGAUCCUACAUCAAAACGCAAACAUGCCGACGCGGAAAGCCAACACUUGCUACAGUGUCUUUUAUGACGAACAUGAUCCUGAACUGGUUCCAAGUCGACCCGGCACCGAAGUUGCACGCAUCCAGCAGACUCGUCAACGCCUCGGCACCUAUCGCCAUGAUCUCUUUGUCGCCGUCCGAGUGGUUAACAGCAUCGAGAAAGAGCUGGUUCAAUCAGCCUGGCAACAGUGGGUGGUUGAUGAAAAUCGCCGGUGUCAGGUGGUUGAGGGCCUGGUCUUGCAUGAUGCGGAGAGGAAUUCCUCCACAAACAGUGCGGAUGUGCAGAGUUGGUAUGAUGAAUACUGUACAAGUUGUCACAAUGAAUAUACCAAGCUACGUGCAUGA